UGACCAUAUAUUUUAACAAAAACCAAACCAUAAAAUAAUAAAAGAAAAAAAGAGAAAAAUCCAAAUCACUAACUGCACGUGCAAAACCUCCCUUUGAAUUCGUGCGUCGUCUUCUCUGUCCGUGAUUCGUGAAACUUUUGCCUUGCCUUUGGCCUUUUAGGCAUUGGCUUUCCGCCUCCUUCCACUUUACUAAUAUGUCCACCUUCCUUCCCCCUUCUUUCUCUCCCAGUUGCAACUUGCAACUCAACUUUGAUAACAUCAAAGAAAGAAGGUGGGACGGAUAAAGGGAUAGCUCUCUCGUCGCAUGGACGGCUUGGAUCACGCGCCUCACCUCUGCAACUAAUCUCUCGCCCUCAAUCCUCCUUUUCUGUCUUCACUAGCUUGAUUUAGAGCUAUUGUUGUCACAUUAUGGAGGCUUGUUAUUGUAUCGACUCUCAGUGGCCACCUGAUGAACUGCUGGUUAAAUAUCAGUAUAUAUCGGAUGUCUUAAUCGCCCUCGCUUAUUUCUCAAUUCCUCUAGAGCUUAUCUAUUUUGUUAAAAAAUCUGCAUUCUUCCCAUAUCGAUGGGUGCUUAUGCAAUUUGGUGCUUUUAUCAUUCUUUGUGGAGCAACCCACUUUAUAAACUUGUGGACAUUCACUAUGCACACUAAAGCUGUUGCUGUGGUGAUGACUGUUGCGAAGGUUGCAUGUGCUAUUGUAUCAUGUGCAACUGCUUUGAUGCUUGUGCACAUUAUUCCUGAUUUGUUGAGUGUUAAAACUCGCGAAUUAUUUCUGAGGAACAAGGCUGAACAGCUUGACAGGGAAAUGGGCCUUAUUCUCACUCAAGAAGAAACUGGAAGGCAUGUAAGGAUGCUAACACAUGAAAUUAGAAGCACGCUUGACAGGCAUACGAUAUUAAAGACUACCCUUGUUGAAUUAGGUAGGACCUUGGGCCUGGAGGAAUGUGCAUUGUGGAUGCCAUCGAGGACCGGUAUGAAUCUGCAACUUUCCCAUACUCUAAACUACCAAAUACAAGUUGGAUCUACUGUGCAAAUAAAUCUUCCUAUCGUCAACGAAGUCUUCAAUAGUUCUCGAGCAGUGCAUAUACCCUAUACCUGCCCUCUAGCUAGGAUCAGACCACUAGUGGGAAGAUAUGUGCCACCAGAGGUUGUUGCUGUUCGGGUUCCCCUUUUGCAUCUCUCAAAUUUCCAAAUUAAUGACUGGCCUGAUCUCUCUGCAAAAAACUAUGCAGUCAUGGUUCUUAUUCUCCCCACUGACAGUGCCAGAAAAUGGCGAGACCAUGAAUUGGAACUUGUUGAAGUUGUGGCAGACCAGGUUGCUGUUGCUCUCUCUCAUGCGGCUAUUCUGGAGGAAUCUAUGCGGGCCCGUGAUCAGCUCAUGGAGCAAAAUGUUGAUUUAGACUUGGCUCGUCAAGAGGCUGAGAGGGCAAUUCAUGCACGGAAUGAUUUCCUUGCUGUAAUGAACCAUGAAAUGCGCACACCAAUGCAUGCAAUUAUUGCAUUGUGUUCCCUUCUUCUGGAGACCGAGCUAACCCCAGAGCAAAGAGUUAUGAUUGAGACAGUGCUAAAGAGUAGCAACCUUUUGGCGACACUAAUCAAUGAUGUUCUGGAUCUUUCUAGACUUGAAGAUAAUAACCUAGAACUAGACUUUGGAAUGUUCGAUCUUCAUGGAAUCUUCAAAGAGGUCAUUAAUCUGAUAAAGCCAAUUGCGUCUGUAAAGAAGCUAUCUAUGACUAUGAUUCUGGCACCUGAUUUGCCAAUGUUUGCUAUUGGUGAUGAGAAACGGCUUAUGCAAACUAUUCUAAAUGUCGUGGGUAAUGCUGUGAAGUUCACAAAGGAGGGUUACAUUUCAAUUAUAGCUUCUGUUGCAAAACCAGAGGCUUUAAGGGACUGGCGACCUCCAGAAUUUUACCCGGUGUCUACCGAAGGCCACUUCUAUCUAAGAGUGCAGGUUAAGGAUUCAGGCUGUGGUGUUCUCCCACAAGAUAUACCAAUUCUCUUUACCAAAUUUUCACAGCCUCGAAGUGGGAAUAGCAGCGGUGCGGGGCUUGGACUUGCCAUUUGUAGAAGGUUUGUAAAUUUGAUGGGAGGCCACAUAUGGAUUGAAAGUGAGGGCCUUGACAAAGGUUGCACAGUAACAUUCCUUGUCAAACUUGGGAUCUGCAGCAAUCCCGAUGAUUCAGCUAUCCAUCAAGCUUCAUCGCAAGUUAGAGCAUAUCAUGGAAGUGCAGAUCUGAGUGGACAAAAACCUAUAUUAAGAGAUCACGGUCAUCGAGCUAUCUCAUCCAAUCCCAAUGCACGAUACCAAAGAAGUCUUUAGAGUUGCAUGAGAGAAAUACGACUUACAUUAUUUUCUUAUUUUCAUAUCAUUUGAAGUGAUGAUUGCUGAUUAAAGAAACUUUUAUAAUAGUCUUAUUUUUAUUCAUAUAAAGAGCUAUAAAUAGCGAGCUAGAA